ACAGACAUGCCUGAGCUCCAGGAGCCCGACGUCCAGCCGACCUCAGCAAACUCUGAGCCAAGCGACGAGUUACCGCCUGACGAGGUCACCCCAGGUGAGGACCCACAGUUGACCGGCCUGACCGGCCUGUUUGCGCUCAAGCCGGAGAGCGCCGACGCCAUCAAAGGCCAAGAUGUGACGUUCUUGGCCAAGGUGGACUCGUCCACGCUGAUGAGGAAGCCCACCGUGAAGUGGCUGAAGGGCAAGUGGCUGGACCUGGGCAGCAAAGCUGGGAAGCACCUGCAAUUCAAGGAGACCUACGACAGGAACACCAAGAUCUACACGUACGAGAUGCGCAUCGUGAAAGUGGCGGAUGGUGACGCAGGCGGCUACCGCUGCGAGGUGACCUCCAAGGACAAGUGCGACAGCUGCACCUUUGAGGUGUCCGUGCAGGCUGUGGAAGAGCAGCAGCAGGACAACAUUUUGGAGGCUUUUAAGCGAUCUGGUGAUGCAGGAGAGGAUGCUGGCGAUCUAGACUUCAGUGCCCUGCUCAAAAAAAGGGAGAAGAAGCAGCAGCGGGCCCCCCAGGAGGAGGUGGAUGUGUGGGACAUCCUGAAGGCGGCCAAGCCGUGCGACUAUGAGAAGAUCGCCUUCGAGUACGGCAUCACCGACCUGCGCGGCAUGCUUAAGAGGCUCAAGAAGAUGAAGACGGUGGAGCCUAAGAAGAGCGACGCCUUCCUAAAGAAGCCGGAGCCGGCCUACUCUGUGGACAAGGGCCGACGGAUCCAGCUGAGCGUGGAGGUGGCCGACCCCGACGCCCCCAUCAAGUGGCUCAAAAAUGGUCACGAGAUCAAACCCUCGGCCAAGUACGUGUUUGAGAGCGUGGGCAAUCGGCGCACGCUCACCAUCAACAAGUGCAACCUGUCGGACGAUGCGGCCUACGAGUGUGUGGUGGGCGACGACAAGUGUUUCACCGAGGUCUUUGUCAAAGAGCCUCCGGUGACCAUCACCAAGCUUCUAGAUGACGUCCACACGGUGGUGGGUGAGAAAGUGGAGUUCGAGGUGGAGGUCUCCGAGGAAGGCGCGCACGUGAAAUGGAUGAAAGACGGGGAGGAGUUGACCAAAGAGAGCGCAGCUUCAAAGUACAGAUUCAAGAAGGACGGCAAGAAGCACAUUUUGAUCAUAAAUGAUGCCACCAAGGAGGACAUCGGCACCUACUUUGCCUUGACCAACGGCGGAGAGUCCAAGGCCGAGCUGGAAGUAGAAGAUAAGGAGCUGCAGGUCCUGCAGAGCAUUGCGGACCUGACGGUGAAGGCCAGCGAGCAGGCAGUGUUCAAGUGCGAGGUGUCUGACGAGAAGGUGACGGGCAAGUGGUUCAAGGGCGGCGUAGAGGUGCAGCCCGGCGAGCGCAUCAAGAUGACACACAUUGGAAGGACACACAAACUGACGAUCAGCGACGUGAAGCCCUCUGACGUGGGAGAUUAUACCUUCGUGCCCGACGGCUACGCGCUCUCCCUAUCGGCCAAGCUCAACUUCCUGGAAAUCAAGAUUGACUACGUUCCCAGACAAGACCCUCCCAAGAUCCACCUGGACACGAGCGGCACAGGGAGCAACAACACCAUAACGGUGGUGGCCGGGAACAAACUCCGCUUCGACGUGGAGAUCUCGGGGGAUCCCCCACCCGUCGUGUGCUGGAUGAAGGGCAACAAGACAGUGAGCGAGGCGGAAGGGAGGGUCCGCGUGGAGACCAGGAAGACCCUGAGCAGCUUCGUCAUCCAGGGGGCGGAGAAGGAGGACGAAGGCUUCUACUCGCUCACUGUCACCAACCCCGCUGGAGAGGACAAGGCUGAGCUCUUCGUCAAGGUCGUGGAUGUGCCCGACCCUCCCGAGAAUGUCAAGUGCACAUCGGUGGGCGAGAACUGCGCCACCAUCACAUGGGACCCUCCCGCGUUCGAUGGCGGCGUUCCCGUUAAAGGUUACCUGAUGGAGAGGAAGAAGAUCGGCUCAUCCAGGUGGACCAAACUCAAUUUUGACGUGUACGAGUCCACCACGUACGAAGCCAAGAAGAUGAUCGAGGGCGUCCUUUACGAGAUGAGAGUGUUUGCCGUCAAUGGCGUUGGGAUCUCGCAGCCCAGUGUCAACUCCAAGCCCUUCAUGCCAAUCGCCCCCACCAGCGAGCCCAUUCGUCUCUUGGUGGAGGACGUGACAGAUUCCACCUGUGCUCUCCGGUGGCUUCCUCCGGAGAAAGUGGGACCAGGCGGCAUUGACGGUUACAUCGUUGAGUACUGCAAAGAAGGAAGUGACGAGUGGGUGCCGGCCAACAAGAAGCCAGUGGAGAAAAACCAGUACCGGGUGAAAGAUCUGCCGGUGGGGGAGAAGAUGCUGUUCCGGGUGGUGGCCAUCAACAUUGCCGGGCGCAGCCCCCCAGCCACGCUCUGUCAGGGCGUCACCAUCAGAGAGAUCAUGGAACACCCCAAGAUCCGCUUACCACGCCAGCUGAGAACCAGACUGAUUAAGGUUGUUGGAGAGAAGGUCAACUUGGUCAUCCCCUUCCAGGGUAAACCUCGCCCGGUUGCCGCCUGGUACAAGGACGGCGUUCCCCUGGAGGACCGGAGCGUGGGUACACGUACCAGCGAGGUGGACACUAUCCUCUUCAUCCGCUCGGUCGAGAGGGUCCACUCGGGCACGUACACGCUGGCCGUGCAGAUCGAGAAUAUGGAGGACCGCGCUGACAUCCGCAUCCAGGUCGUUGAAAAGCCGGGGCCCCCCGUGGAGGUGCGCGUCACCGACGUUUGGGGCUUCAACGCCUCGCUGGAGUGGAAGCCACCCAAAGACGACGGCAACGCGGAGAUCAUUGGCUAUACGAUUCAGAAGGCCGACAUGAAGACCAAGGAUUGGUUCACCGUGUACGAGCACAACCGGCGGCCCAACUGCACCGUGUCCGACCUGGUCAUGGGCAACGAGUACUCCUUCCGAGUCUUCAGUGAGAACGUCUGCGGCCCGAGCGAGAAGCCUGGCAUCAGCACCAACACGGCGCUCGUCUGCAAGACGGGUUUGGAAUGCAAGCCUCCGCCCUUCAAAGAGAAGGACCAGAGCGCGUCCCCCAAGUUCACAGCGCCCCUGGUGGACCGGAGUGUGGUGGCGGGCUACACCACGGCCAUCAGCUGUGCCGUCCGCGGCUACCCGAAGCCGAAGAUCGUUUGGAUGAAGAACAAGAUGAUCAUUGGCGAGGACCCCAAGUUCCUGAUGCAGAACAACCAGGGCGUGCUGACGCUGAACAUCCGCAAACCCAGCCUGUACGACGGCGGACGCUACUCCUGCAAGGCCGUCAACGCGCUUGGAGAGGACGAGGUGGAGUGCAAGCUGGAGGUUCGAGUGGUCAGGGAGAAAGCCGAGGAGGAAAAGAAAUGAGGACAGACCUGAAUGGAUGACCUGCUGAGAAAAAAAAUGAUUUAAGAUGCCAUCAACUGUUAGUUUCACAUCUUUGUUCAAGUA